UCUUUUCCAUUCCAGCCAAUGCCAUAAAAAAAUCUGCAAAUGGUAAAGUAAAGUGCAGCAAGUGGUUAUGAUUUUGUGAAUGUGAAAGAUUAUUUAAAGUUGUGCGUUGUUUGUUUACCAUUUAAGCAUAAUUUGCCAAUAUUCCUUGUUAUUGUGACGUGAUUAUUCCUUAGACUUUAAACAAUUAACGAUAAGACUAGAUAGGACGGACAUUUUCUUGUGUACGACUUUCUAGUGCUUGUAAAUCUCUUGCAUAAAAUAGUGCUAAAAAUAUUUCGGUUCAGAUGUAUUUUUAGAAUCCGAGAGCGCCACUGGAGCUUGGCGUAAUUAUUUUGUAUUUAUCAUAGAUGCUGUAGUAGCACAAAAUGAAAUAUGAUUUACUAUCACAUUGCAAGCUGGAUAUGAUUUCAUGAAGAAAACAAACAGUGCAAGGACACAUUCCUGCAAUUCAAAGUUUAUGUGGUAGGUGUGUGGCCCGGGCAUGUGGCGGCUGGCGCUGCUGGCGCUGCUGGCCCCGGCCGCGGCCGCCGUCGCCAAGCCCUACUCCAUCACCAUCGGCUACCUGCCCUCCAUUAAGGGGGAGCUGCGCGACCGCCAGGGGUUGGCCAUCUCGGGCGCGCUGUCUAUGGCGCUUGAAAAGAUCAACAACAGCACAGAGAUCCUGCCGCAAGUGCACAUAGCGCUAGAAUGGAACGACACGCGUUGCGACACAGUGACGGCCACCCGACUUCUUACCGACAUGAGCUGUUCGGGAGUGGUUGCGUUCUUCGGCCCUGAGGGUCGCUGCCACACCGAGGCCAUUAUAGCACAGUCGCGGAACCUGCCCAUGAUAUCUUAUAAAUGCUCUGAUUAUCAGACUUCGACCCUCUCCAACUUCGCGCGGCUGGAACCGCCCGACACACAGGCGACAAAAUCCGUGAUCUCCCUGCUCCGCUACUACCGCUGGCACAAGUUCUCCAUCCUGUACGAGGAGCCGUGGGUGACCGUGGCCUUGACCUUGGAGAACAGUGCCAAGAGGAACAACAUGACGGUGAACCACCAGCGGCCGGUCAUCGACGGCUUCAAGUGCUGCGAGGAGAAGAUGACGUGCUGCGCGCCAGGGUUCUGGUACCAGUACAUACAGGACACGAAGAAUCGGACUAGGAUCUACGUGUUCCUGGGCUCCACCUCCGGGCUGAUCGACAUGAUGACGGCGAUGGAGUCGCUGCAGCUGUUCGAGAAGGGCGAGUACAUGGUCAUCUUCGUCGACAUGAUGACCUACACGUCCAAGGAGGCCUUGAAGUAUUUGAUUAAGACGGAAGACCGUGGCUCACAACUAGUCUGUCCCUACACCAAAUCCUUCAAGAAACGCGCGCAAUCACUCCUAGUGGUGGUAUCCUCUGAACCUCUCAGUGGUUAUGAGGAGUUUACUGCAGAGGUCCGGAGGUUUAAUACUAUGAAGCCCUUUGAGUUCCCGCUGCCCGCCGUCUUCGAGAAUAAGUUUACGAAGGUACGUGUUUACGUAUCAAUCUACGCGGCCUACUUAUACGACUCUGUGAUCCUGUACGCGCGCGCCCUGCACAAGAUCAUAACUCGGGAGACGCAGAACGAAACCCUCACGUAUGAGAAGCUGAUGAGCAUCGCCACUAAUGGGUCCCAGAUCGUGUCCACCAUGAUCGCUAGCAGCCCUUACAAGAGUGUGUCAGGCAUGUCGAUACGGCUGGACGAGCGAGCCGACUCUGAGGGUAACUUCUCCGUGCUGGCCUACAAGCCGACCAACUACAGCGACGAAGAUAUCAAGUGUCUGUACAGCAUGAUACCGGUGGGGCACUUCCAACAGAGCAGCCGGGAGUUUCCUGAGUACAAGCCCAACAACCGCCUGAUCGUGGACUGGCCCGACGGCGUGAAGCCCGAGGACGAGCCGUCAUGUGGGUUCCUCAACGAGAAGUGCCCUAAGGAUGAUUCACAGAUCACCUCACUAGUGGUGGCCGGCACGCUAGCAGUGACCCUGUUCUGCGCGCUGGUGGUGACCAUCAGUAUCUACCGCAAGUGGAAGAUCGAGCAGGAGAUCGAGGGGCUGCUGUGGAAGAUCGACCCUCAGGAUAUAUCAGGGUACCUGGGCAGCGGGCUCGUGUGGUCGCCUAGUAAGUUAAGUUUAGCGAGUGGCAUUUCGUGUGAGAGCCGAUGUUGUCCACAAAUAUUUGCGACGACAGCCGAAUACCGCGGCAACGUCGUUCGAAUAAAGGAGCUCAAGUUUUCAAAGAAAAAAGACAUAUCCCGCGACGUGAUGAAGGAGAUGCGUCUGCUGCGCGAGCUGCGCCACGACAACCUCAACUCGUUCAUCGGCGCCGUGGUGGAGCCUCUGAGGGUGCUGCUGAUUACAGACUACUGCGCCAAGGGCAGCUUGUAUGAUAUUAUAGAAAACGAAGAUAUAAAGUUGGACAAUAUGUUUAUAUCUUCACUUGUGCAUGAUCUCAUUAAGGGUAUGACGUUUAUUCAUACUUCGCCAUUAUUGUACCAUGGAAAUCUCAAAUCCUCGAAUUGUGUUGUAACAUCCAGAUGGAUGCUUCAGGUUACCGAUUUUGGUUUACAUGAACUAAGAUACUGCGCAGAAAACGAAUUUAAUGUUGGUGAACACCAAUACUACAGAGGGUUAUUAUGGAAGUCGCCAGAGCUACUGAGACAGUUGGAUGACCCCAACGGAACAGUUGAAGGGACACAAAAGGGCGAUGUUUACGCUUUCGGUAUAAUUUUAUACGAAAUUAUCGCUCGAAGAGGGCCUUUUGGUCCGACCACUUUAGAACCUAAGGAUAUCGUAGAUCGCGUGAAGAGGCCUAAAUCGGACGGCGAGGACAUAUUCCGCCCCGACACGAGCCUGCUCGAGGGGCUGACAGACGACUACGUGAUCGCGUGCAUGCGCGACUGCUGGGCCGAGGACCCCAGCGUCAGGCCCGACUUCCCCAUCAUCAGGAGCCGGUUGAAGAAGAUGAAGGCUGGCAGAUCGCGCAACAUAAUGGACCAGAUGAUGGACAUGAUGGAGAAGUACGCCAACAACUUGGAGGAACUAGUCAGCGAGCGGACGCGGCUCCUGUUCGAGGAGAAACAGAAGACCGAAGACCUCUUGCACAGAAUGCUACCAAAGUCAGUGGCGCGUAUGCUUACAACCGGGGAAGGGGUUGAACCUGAGUCCUUCGACUCAGUCACUAUCUACUUCAGCGACAUCGUGGGCUUCACGGCGAUGUCUGCCGAGAGUACGCCGCUGCAGGUCGUCAACUUCCUCAACGACCUGUAUACGGUGUUCGACAGGAUUAUACGGGGAUAUGAUGUGUAUAAAGUGGAGACCAUCGGGGAUGCUUAUAUGGUGGUGUCCGGCCUGCCGAUACGCAACAGCGACCGGCACGUGGGCGAGAUCGCGUCGAUGGCGCUGGAGCUGCUCAGCGCCGCCAAGAUACACAGGAUAUCGCACAGGCCGAACGAAACACUCAAGUUGAGGAUAGGGAUACACACUGGAGCGGUAGUAGCCGGCGUCGUAGGCCUGACCAUGCCCCGCUACUGCUUAUUCGGAGACACGGUGAAUACCGCCUCUCGUAUGGAGUCCACGGGCGAGCCGCUCAAGAUACACAUCUCUCCGAGCUGCAAGACUGCGCUGGACAAGAUCGGCGGCUACGUGGUCGAGUCGAGGGGGAAGAUACCGAUUAAGGGGAAGGGGGAGCUGAUAACGUACUGGCUGGUGGGCGCGACGGAGAAGGCGGUGCAGAAGCGCUCGUGCGACGGCGAGGAGCUGCGCCCGCUGUUCUGUCGCCCGCGCCGGAGUCCGCGCCUCACGGACUCGAGACAUGCCUCGUUGUUAGACCUGAAAAGCGACACAGGGUGGGGCGAGCGUCGCCACACGGUGCGGCAGCGGCUGGCGAGCGUGCCGCGCGCCGACUGUUCCCGCGGGGACGCCGGCAGCCGCGCCUCGCUGCGCUCCGGGACGCCGCCGCCGCGCCCGCCCCGGCUCGACCCCCCCGCCAGGACCAGGAACGCUCUGAGCUCCAUAACGUCGGUGCCGGCGGUGAGCGCGGGCGCGGAGUCGCGGCGCGGGCUGCGCUACGCACACUCGCUGGACCUGCUGCCGCGCCGCUCGCCCGCGCCGCGCGACGCGCCCGUCGCCACCAUCUCCUCGCACAACGUCUUCAACGGCACCAUCAUCGGCAUCGUCACCGACGACCACCUCAAGGGCGAGGACAGCCCCCUCCUCCGCAAGGCCAGCCAGGCCUACAAACACGACCAGCCCAAGAAGAAGGUGCAGGAUAACUACAUAGAGUUCUACAAAAAGUGGCGGUCGCUGGAGAACAUGAACGACGCGAAGGGCGAGGGCCGGCGCAUGCCGCGGCUGGCGCUGCCGGGCUGGCUGGCGGCGCUGCCGGGCUGGCUGCGCGGCGGCUCGGCCUCCUCGCUGCGCCCGCCGCCGCCGCCGCCCGACACCGAGUCCGCCGUGUGACACACACACCACACACACUAGUGCGAUAUAAACGCUACCGCCGGCAACCCGAGUGAGGCAGUGAACGGCCUAAUCCUAUAAGUUAUUAUAAGCUCGCAGGGCACGUGGAUAAUCGAGUCACAUCUAUAUUUACAUAUCCUACUUUAUUUAUGUAUAUUUAGCUAUUAUAUCGAUCGAUAUGCUGUUGUAAAUAAUCAGUGUAAGUAAAACAAUGUUACCGUCAAAUGUGAAAUAAGAGUUUAAUGUUAUUAAAUAAUUUCUAUCAAAGGAAA